GCGGUAAGCGGCGAACGGUGUGCUGGAAAAAUCGUCAUUACGGCUUUCUGGUGGUGCCGACUGCCGACCGCGGGCCGCAGCUGCUGCUGGUGCCGCCGUACAGCCCCGGCGUGGCCGCGUCGGAUAGAGUGAGCGACCGUGCCUCCGAGUGGGUGCGUGUGGGUGUGCGACGGAGAGAGAGCAACGUGUGCGCGCGCGUGCAGCGUGUGCAUUAUACGUCGCGACGUUACCGGUGGGUGGGGAGUAGGCGGGGAAUAGAGUAUAAAAAAAAAAAGAGAGAAAAAAGAAGAAAAAACACACUCAACCCACCUCUCCCCGUUCAUUGAUUAAGAUUGACAUUCCGAUUCCGUUGAACGUCAAAAUACUUGUGCGAACCAUCACCGUCGUCGUCGUCGUCGAAUUUGUUUGUUUGUUUGUUCGUUCGUACGUUUGUCGUGUCCGGUACACCCGCGCUCCUUUGUUUUAGUCGUUUGUCGUCGCAUGCACCCGCGUAUUGGAACGACACCACCCCGUACGCGCGCACAGUGCAGUGCACACACGGUGCGGCCAAACAUCAGUCGCGUCCAUGAUAAUAACAACGCGAUCCGCGCGCAUCAACAUUGCCGCUGCCUCAUCACCAUUUCCGUCGUUUCCCGUCGUACCGUAGGGAAACCGUUCUCGGUCAUAUACGCCCGCUGUCGACCAGCACAGAACCAUCACCACUGAACUGCCGCCACUGAUUACCAUCGACACAGCCGCCGUACUCUGCCGCCAUGGGACCGAAAAUCAUUUGCCUGGCGGUCGUCUGCGUUUUUCUCGUGCACAAUGUGCUUGCAGAAUCUAAUAAAAAUAUUUCAUCUACUCUUAAACCUUCAAAACCAUUGAAGGAGGAAUUAUUUAUCGAUGAUGAAUCUGAUGAUGGUGAUACCGAUAAAUUAGAUCCUGAUGAUAUGAUGCUAGGUGAAGAAGGUAGUGGUAUGGGUCCACCAUCAAAGGGAACAGGGGCCGAAGAUAUGGAAUCUAGUGGGUCUGGCUAUGGACCUGAUGAUGAAGACGCUCAAGUUGGUGGUAAGAGCAAAGGUAAAGCAGGAGUUGAUUCUGAAGAAGAUGAUGAAGAUAUGGAUGAUGGUGAUGAUGAAGAUGAUGAUGAUAACGAAGAUUUUGAUACAGAAAAUCCACAUAAGAUGUUUACUCCUGUAUCUACUAUAUCAACUACGACUACCACAGUUAAGAGCCACGAUGAAGAAUCUAUUUUCCCUGAACAGCCUAAACAAAACAUUAAUGAUGUCAAUUUGGCACCUAGUGUACCUAGUAUGCCUGUAGUACCUCAGACUACAUCUACGUCUACUCUUCCACCCCCUCCUUCCAAUGCUAUUGAUGAACAUUCUAGCAGUAAUGGAGUCUAUAUAAGUCCAAACAGCCAUCCUGAGCGAACAUCUUCAUUUUUCGCACAACCUGGCAUACUUGCAGCUGUUAUUGGAGGUGCCGUCGUGGGAUUGUUAUGUGCGAUUCUAGUGGUUAUGUUCAUUGUAUACCGGAUGCGUAAAAAGGACGAGGGUUCUUAUCCUUUAGAAGAAACCAAACGUUCACCAGCCACAAACCCAUACUUAAAAUCUUCACAUCGUGAAUUUUAUGCAUGAGUACAUUCAUAAAUUGGUUUUUACUUGAGCCUAUGAACAUAGUAUACGUUAUAAUAAUAUUGUUUUAUCACCUCCUUCUCCGUAAGACAAUUCAACUAUUCCAAAGGCAGCUAUAUGACUUCUAGUCAAACAUAAAUUUAUAUAUAUAUAUAUAUAUAUAUAUAUAUAUAAAUGAUAAAUAGAGUUUCAUUAUAAAUUAUGGACCUUUUAAAACACAAAAAUUUUAUUUUAAUCUACCAUUACUUUCCUUAAAAAAUUGUACAUCAUUUUUUUUUCUUAUAUUUUGAAUUAGUCAGAUUAUUAUUGUCAUAUAUAGUGCAACUAAAUUAAGAUGACCAACCACACAUAAAAGAGGAGAUUAUUUAAACUCGUCAACCACCCUAACCAGUCAGAUAUCUCAUGUUAAUGAGUCUGACCAAAACGGAUAUAACCAGGCGAUCGAUAAGUGGAGCCGCCAGGUCAUCUUAACUUGGUUGCACUAUUCCUAUUUGUCUUCCGUAAUCCCCUUUUAAUGUUAAAUAUAUAUAAAAUGUUAAUAUUAAUUAGCUGGAUCUAUACCAAACUGGUGACUUUGAAGUUCUUUUGAAUCAUAUCAUGUUCAUAAUGAUUGUAUGGACAACCUCUUAAGGUGGCUUCCGUUUUUAAUUUUUAUAGAUUCUUAAAUAUAGAGAACGAAAUUAAGAUCAUAAAAUGCCAAUUGAUUUAAAAUCAUAAUAACCGGUUUGGUCUGGCCUGCUUUAUAUUAUUAAUUAAAAUGUACUGAUAAUUGCAAAUCAAUUUAAAUUAAAUUAUACUAUUAUUUGUUGAAAUUAAUUUUUGUUAAGUAUAAAUAUUAGGCAGUAUUAAGUGGAAUUAUAAUGGUUCAUUAAACUAAAAGACCAAUAUAAAGAAGAAUAAAUUGAAGAUAAUAAAAAUUGUAUAGUUUUUAAUUUAAAGACUAAAACAAUGUAGAACCUUAGCCAACUUAAUUAUGUGCCAUUUUUUUGUUGGGCCUCCCCCUUCUAUUCAUAUAUUUUAAAGUGUUUUUCAAUUUGAACACUUUGUACAUAAUAUUUAGGCAUAACAAAUUUUUAUUAUUAUUUUUAUUAUUAUUAUCAUUAGUUUUUAUUUAUAGUUUUCCAAUAUUUUUUAUUUUAUAAUAAUUAUAUUUAUUUAGUCUAAAAUGGAACUAAUUGAUAAUGAAUAUACUUUUCCUUAUUGCGUUUUUUGUACAUAUAUAAUUGUACUGGUAAAACAAUAUAAACUUAUGCUGCCUAGAGAUAAUAUAAAAAAAAAAGAUAGCAAAACAUCUUCUUUUAACUCGGUUAAUUAAUAUGUAUUACUAUCGUUUAUUAUUGAAAAAACUAAGUAUAAUAUUACUGUGAAUUUUUUAUUUAUUUAACCUACUCAUAACAAUUUUAUUAUUUAUGUAUUUGAUUAAGUUUUAUAACAUCAUUUGUUUUAAGUAUUGAGCGUUUUGCAAUAAUGUUCAACAUCGUCAAGCUCUGUACAAGAGUAUUAUUUUUACUUGUUUAUACCAUUUUAUGUAAACAUAAUAUACACUAUAUAUUAUUAUACUCGAUGAUUAUUCGUAAGAA